AUGGAUGCUAUUUCCUUUGUGUUGGGUGUAAAGUCUGCACAAUUACGCUCGUCACAGCUACGUGAUUUAAUAUAUCGUGGACGCGCUAUGCAAGAUGAGGAAAAUGAUGAACUUGACAUCGAAUCAACUGAAGGACGUGCCAACAAUCCUAGAAGGGCAUGGGUUAUGGCCGUAUAUCAGGACGAUGGUGGAAACGAGAUCAAAUUCACUCGAAGCAUAACCUCAUUCGGAACGAGCGAGUAUAAAAUAAGUAAUAAAGUGGUCACAUAUGCGAAAUAUAACGACACCCUUGAAAAACAAAACAUUUUGGUCAAGGCUAGAAAUUUUCUUGUCUUUCAGGGUGAUGUUGAAGCUAUCGCAUCACAGUCUCCCAAGGACUUGACAAAGCUAAUCGAGCAAAUUAGCGGUUCUUUGGAGUUGAAAGCUGAAUAUGAGCAAUUGAAAGUUCAACAAGAAAGGGCUACCGAAAAUUCUACAUUCAAUUUUAAUAAGAAACGUGGAAUCAAUGCAGAAAUCAAACAGUACACGGAACAAAAGCAGGAGGCCGAACGUUUUGAAAGAUUAUUGGCCGAAAAAGCGAAAAUUGAAGUCCAUUUUCUUCUUUGGAAAUUGUUUCACAUUCAAAAGAAAAUCGACUAUUACAAAAAGCAAAUUGAUAAACUUAAUGACCAGGUCGAAGAAAAACAACAGGAACAGCAAGAUUUAAAUGAAGAAUUAAGAAGAGCGCGCCAAGGAAAAAGUGAAUUUGAUAAACAACGAAACAAUCUGGAAAGAAAAAUAAGAGGAAAAGAGGCAGAAAUUGAAGACAAACGUCCAACUUUGCUGACUUUAGAAGAAAAGAUUUCGCAUUUUAGCAAGAAAUUGAUUCAAUAUGAACAAAAUGCAGAAAAGGUCCGAAAGGAGCAUGAAAAACAGUUCAUAGCUGUCGAGAGGUUACGAAAUGAACUUGAAAAUGUAAACAGGGCUGCAGCUAAAUUUGAAGAGGAAAGCAGUCAAGGAGGCAGUAAAAGAAAUACGUCUUUAAAUUCCAAUGAACUUGCGGAAUAUAAUAAAAAGAAAGAAGAAGUAAACAAAAGAACUGUGACUCAAAAGCAGGAGCUUGAAAAUCUAUAUCGUAAAGAGAAAACUGAUAAUGAAUCUGCACGACGAUUAAAAGAAAGAUUGGACGAAUUAAACCGGCGUCGUCAGCAACUUAUAGAAGACAAAGAUGCACUAUCAAGUCAUGAAGAAAAAGUUUCAGAAUAUGUGUCGCAACUCUUAGCAGAUAUCGACACAAAAAAGAGAGAUCUUAAUUCACUUGUUGUCGAAAGAAGUAAAAUUAGUCGUGAAGAAAAUGAAUUAAAUCAUAAACUUCAAGAAAUUCUCAAUCAACUCAUGGACGCCCGAGUGGAUCAGAGAGAAUUGGAGCGCCGACAAAAAAUGAAAGAUUUACUCGAAAGCCUGAUGAGAGUGUUCCCCGAAGGUGUACAUGGACGAAUGAUCGAUUUAUGUAAAACUACUCAACGGAAAUAUGACGUGGCAAUAGCAAUCAUUCUUGGAAGAAAUAUGGAAGCUGUUGUUGUCGAGACAGAGAAAAUUGGACUUGAAUGUAUUAAGUACAUACGAGAGCAACGACUAGGUCAAGCUACCUUUAUUCCGUUGGAUACGAUUUCUGUAAAACCUAUUAAUGAUAAGUAUAGGAGUAUGCUAAAAGGUGCAAGGUUAGCGAUUGAUGUAAUCACUUUUCAAAGAGAUUAUGAGAGAGCUUUUCAAUACGCCUGUGGAAAUACCUUAGUUUGUGAUACUUUGGAAAUAGCCAAAACAAUUUGUUAUGGGAAAAAUGAAGCUGUCAAAGCUGUCACUCUAGAUGGCACAAUUAUACAUAAGAGUGGCCUAAUCACUGGUGGUCAAAGCGGAAUAGAAGCUGCAAUGAGUCGUAAACGGGACUCUUAUAUGUCGCAAUUAAAUGAAUUGAGCAAAUCGAAACGUAAAGGUAAUAUCGAGGAACAAAUUAAAGGUGAAAUAUCCGCAUUCGAAUCAAAAUUAACUUUGUUUCGUGAAGAUCAGAAUGCAACAAGGCGGAGAUUGGCUUCUACAGAUGAGGAAUUGAACUUGAUUCAAAGUGAGAUCAAACAUAUACAACCAAAUGCCAAUAAGGCUGAAAAUGAUUUAGCCGCUCUGAAAUCAAGAAUUGCCUUGCUAGAAGGUGAAAUCAAUGCAAUUGAAGAUAGCAUAUUUGGCGAAUUCUGCGAGAAAAUUAGAGUUGCGAAUAUACGUGAAUACGAACAACGUCAACUAAGGAUGACACAAGAAGCUGCUGAAAAAAAAUUACAGUUUGCUACGAAACAAUCGCGACUUCAAAAUCAGUUAAAAUUCGCGGAUGAGCAACUCAAUGAAACUGCCGACCGCUUAGUAAAGCUUCAAGAGUUAAUUGACAGAGAUACCUAUAAUUUGUCAGACUAUGAAGCAAAACGGGAUCAAAUCAUACAGGAUAAUGAAAACAUCUCGGAAGAGAUUCAGGAACUCAACGAAAAUUUAGAAAAAGUCAAGGAAGAACUUUCUGCUAAGACAGAUAUGCUAAAUAAUAUAAAAAAAGAAUUGGGAAAAGUCAAUAAAGAACUUGAUAAAUUAUCCAAAGAUGUGAUCAAAAGGGAAGAUGACAUCAAAAGGAAUCGUAGUGACCAAUUCUCUAUAUUUCGCAAAUGUAAAUUGGAGGAGAUUGAUUUACCGUUACUUGAAGGAUCACUGGAUGAUAUACCAAUUGAAGAUCAGCAACCUCAAGACGAUCCAUUUGAAAUGGAAAUCGAUGAUGAGCCUGGUCCAUCAACUAGAGGAGCAGAUCGAUAUGCACGGCUGGAUACCGAUUGGCCAGUAUUAAUUGAUUUCUCAGAAUUGACCCGACAUCAGACAGAUACCAAUACAGAUAAUAUGGCAAAUAUGGAAAAACAAUUCCACGCUUCGCUUGCUGAAAAGAAUGCGGAAAUUGAAAGGAUGGCUCCUAACCUAAAAGCUAUCGAGAGAUUGGAUGUUGUUGAGCAACGUUUGCAAGACACAGAAAAAGAAUUUGAUAGCGCAAGGAGACAAGCAAAGACCGCAAAGGAAAAGUUCAAUAUAAUCAAACAAAAAAGAUAUCAACGCUUUAAUGACGCAUAUAGUCAUAUAUCAGAGCGGAUUGACCAAAUUUACAAGGAUUUGACGAAAAGUCGAAAUUUCCCAUUAGGCGGGACAGCUUAUUUGAGUUUAGAAGAUACAGAGGAACCUUAUUUAGAUGGGGUAAAGUAUCACGCCAUGCCUCCCAUGAAACGAUUUCGUGAUAUGGAGCAGUUAUCUGGUGGAGAAAAAACCAUGGCUGCCUUAGCAUUGUUGUUUGCUAUUCACAGCUAUCAACCAUCGCCAUUUUUUGUACUCGACGAGGUGGAUGCUGCUCUUGACAAUACAAAUGUGGGAAAAAUUGCAAAUUAUAUUCGAGAACACGCGUCCGACACUUUUCAGUUUGUUGUCAUAUCACUAAAAAGUACUCUUUACGAGAAAGCACAAGCUCUCGUGGGGAUAUAUCGCGAUCAAGAAAUAAACAGUAGUAAGACUAUAACAUUGGAAGUCGAUAAUUAUGAAGAAUAA